AUGAAGGAGCAAGAGAAGGAAAUCGCAUUCCUCGCGCGCCAGGAAUUGAAAAAAUGUGCGAAUGACGGAAAACCCCGCGAAGUGGUUGAUGAUGUUAGAGCCAAGUUCUCUCGAGUUGCUUCAGUUGCUUGUGGAUCCUAUGACGCAAAGCGAAAAAUCAUUGACACUGCGAAAGGAAGAAAAGAAGACGAUGUUAUUGAGAUGGAUAAGGGUGGAAACAUUGCAAACGUGUUCUCACAAACUAAAGUUCAAACAGCAACUGGCUCAUCACGGAUUCUUGUAUUUGCUUCAGAUGUCGGUCUUGAGUUGCUUGCUAAUUCGGAUACGGUUUUUUGCGACGGCACCUUUGAUUGUGUUCCGGCACCAUUCGCUCAACUCUUCACACUACACGCAUACGUGUGUACCGUCUUGUUCUUAUCAUGUAAAACAUUCAGUUGCAGGUAUCUCCGACUGUCGUUCGCCCAGUUGUUUUUUUUCCUUCUAACGGACAAACAAACAUCGUCUUAUGAAGCUGUGUUGAAAAUUGUGCUAGAAAGCCACCCGUCACUGACUCAAUGGAAACCUGCUACAGUCAUUUGUGAUUAUGAAACCGGACUGAAAAAUGCAUUCGAAUCACAGUUUCCAAGAGCCAGUGUACAAGGGUGCCUAUUUCAUCUCGUGCAAUCCUGGCGCAAGAAAGCUGAAAAGCUUCAGUGCUACAAUGAAUUCAUCAGUGAGCCGAAGUAG